ACGACGGCUUCCUAGCUUUACGGUGACAACAACUAUGGCGGCUGCCAGUGGUAGAUUUGAAAGUGCGAAGAGUAUUGAAGAGCGGAAAGAACAGACCCGGAUUGCCAGGGCUGAGGUGUUGCGCCAGGCUAAAGCCAAUUUUGAAAAAGAAGAAAGACGUAAAGAACUUAAGCGACUUCGGGGUGAAGAUACAUGGAUGCUACCUGAUGUGAAUGAGCGAAUUGAACAAUUCUCUCAGGAACAUUCUGUGAAGAAAAAGAAGAAAAAAGACAAGCAUUCAAAAAAAGUAAAGAAAGAGAAGAAAAAAAAGAACAAGAAACAAAAAUAUGAAAAAAACGAUGAGUCAGCUGAUAGUUCAUCAAGCUCUGAAGAUGAGUGGGUUGAAGCUGUUCCAUCCCAGACUCUUGGCAAGGAAAAGGCCUGGAAAGUGAAAGGUGAAAAGUCAGAACAAGAAGAUGACAAGCAAGUUAUUCAGAGAGAUGAAUGGAUGACUGUUGAUUUUAUGUCUGUUAAAACUAUGUCAUCAUCAUCACUCAAAGCUGAAAAAGAAGCUCUGAGGAAAAUAGAGCAAGAGAAAACUCAAGCACUUGAGCAGUCCAAACUGCUGGAAAGAGAAUUGAAUCCAUAUUGGAAGGAUGGUGGGACAGGUCUUCCACCAGAAGACUGUAGUGUAUCAUCAAUUAGUAAAGUUUCAGUAGUAGAAGAUGGUGGAUUAAGCUGGCUGAGGAAGUCUUAUCAGAGAAUGAAGGAACAAGCUGAGAAACAAAACAGAAAUUUUGAGGACAUUGUAGCUGAAAGAUACGGAUCAAUGGAAAUAUUUCAGUCAAAAUUAGAAGAAGCUGAAAAAACUGCAUCCACAAAAGAAGAUUAUAGACGAGAACGGUGGAGGAAACCAACAUUUUCAGAUAAAGCACAAAAUAGUCAAGAAAGUAGGAAAUCAGACUUGGUAAGAUAUAAUAGCAGUUCAAGGGAUAGAUAUGCUACAACAGAUACUGUAAAUGAUAGCAAUAAAGAUAAGUUUAGUGGUGAUGAAAAAGAUAAGAGAUAUGCAUCUUUAGAAACAUGUAGAAGAGAAUCCAACCCAAGGAAAAAUCAAGAGUUUUCUUCUCUUGGAAAUUUGAAACCCAAGUUUUUAAGACCUUCUGAUGAUGAAGAACUAUCACAUCACCACAAGGGCAGAAAUUUUGAACCAUCUAGUUCAUCUUCAGCAUUUGUAGCUCAGGGUUCUUUUCACUGUGGUUUUCGAAAACCCACUGAGAGCAGUGAAGAAUGUUUAACAUCGCGGAGUCAAUCUGUGGGAAGAGGAGAUAAGAAACAUUCAAAUCAAAAGCCAUCAGAAACCAGUAGCAGUGUUGAAUACCGACACAUUCCAGGAGAUGUGACAGAAAAAUUAAGAGAUGAAAGCUUGAGAGAUGACCCUCCAAAAAAAGAACAUCUACAGGACACAAAGUCUACAUUUGCAAGUAGUCCAGAAGAUGAGUCCAUUCACAUCCUGAGUGUUGAUGAGAAGAACAAGUUGGGAGCCAAGAUUAUCAAGGCAGAGAUGAUGGGGAAUAUGGAAUUAGCUGAACAACUUAAAGCUCAACUUGAAAAGGCAAAUAAAUUCAAGGAAACUAUGACACAGAUAUCAAAAAAAUCUGGGGAAGAGAAUGAUGACCAGCAAGAAGUGAUCCUUGUCAGAACAGAUCAGUCUGGUAGAGUAUGGCCUGUGAACACACCAGGAAAAUCUCUGGAAUCAAAAGGAGGAAGAAGGAAGAGACAGAUGGUUUCAACCCAUGAGGAAAAAGAAAGGGUCAGAUACUUUCAUGAUGAUGAUAAUCUAAGCCUAAAUGAUUUAGUCAAAAAUGAAAAGAUGGGAACGGCAGAAAAUCAAAACAAACUUUUUAUGAGAAUGGCGUCUAAGUUUAUGGGAAAAGCAGAUGGAGACUAUUAUACUCUGGAUGACAUGUUUGUCUCCAAAGCAGCUGAGAGAAAAUGUCUUGGUGAAGAAGAAGAGAACCAGAGGAAAAAAGCUAUUGCUGAGCAUCAGAGUCUUGCUGCACAAAUGGAAAAAUGUCUAUAUUGUUUUGACAGCUCUCAAUUUCCCAAGCACCUUAUUGUUGCAAUAGGUGUUAAGGUUUAUCUAUGUUUACCCAACUUCCGAUCUCUUACUGAGGGGCACUGCCUGAUAGUCCCUUUGCAGCACCACAAAGCAGCUACUUUACUGGACGAAGAUAUCUGGGAGGAAAUUCAGAUGUUCAGAAAAUCAUUGGUAAAGAUGUUUGAAAAUAAAGGAUUGGACUGCAUCUUUUUAGAAACUAAUAUGAGCUCCAAGAAACAGUAUCACAUGGUUUAUGAAUGCAUUCCUCUCCCAAAGGAAGUGGGUGAUAUGGCUCCCAUCUAUUUUAAGAAAGCCAUAAUGGAAUCUGAUGAAGAGUGGUCCAUGAACAAGAAGUUGAUUGAUCUUUCUUUAAAAGAUAUCAGAAAGUCUAUACCCAGAGGUUUACCUUAUUUCUCUGUGGAUUUUGGCCUCCAAGGAGGAUUUGCCCAUGUCAUUGAAGAUCAGCACAAAUUCCCUCCGUACUUUGGAAAGGAAAUCAUUGGUGGGAUGCUGGAUAUAGAACCAAGACUUUGGAGGAAAGGGAUCCGUGAAAGCUUUGAGGAUCAGAGGAAGAAAGCACUGCAGUUUGCUCAGUGGUGGAAACCAUAUGACUUCACUAAAAGUAAAAAAUGUUGAGGUGUACCUUUCAUUUUUAGUUUUCUCUUCAAAUCCCAUUCAGUUUUAUUUCCAUCAUAUGUAACUACUCAGCUGACUCUCAGGUCGUAGAAAGAGAGUCACAGCAACAGACUGCUCUGGAUCUCUGACAACUGUGCAUUGUGCAGUUGUGUCGUUUUCCUCCCCACCUGCCCCUGUGGACUUCAUUUUAGUGACUUCCAUAUGUAUAUAUUGCAUGACCUGCUCACAUUCCUGUUGUACCUACUUCUUGGUGUCUGAACUAUUCAGUUAAUUGAGAGAAGGGCUUUUCUGAAGGGUUAUUUGGGAAGCAUAGAAAAUCCUUGGUUCAGAGGGAAAUGGGUCUGCUUCAAGGUUAAGGCCAUUUCCUGGCUUCUUUUGCAUUUUUUAGAACAAGACUCGGUGUAUUUAGUAAUAAUUGACAUUUCUUUCCAUAGGAUUUUAUAGAAGAGAUCUUAAUUUUCUACCAGUAGCAUAUAGUAUCACUAUUGUUCUUUUUGUUAAAAGAAAAAGAAUGUCUCAAAAAAUUAAAUGUAUUAAAAAAUUAAAUGAUAGUAAAAAUAUAAAAUAUUCACAAUUCAAGUUUGUUUUUAUUUCUGGAGUUUUAAAUAGUGUCUUUGAAUUUCGGUGGUCCUAAAAGUAAUUGUUUCAAAUAACAUUAUUUAGAGUUGUUUAGGGUUUGUAUGAAAGUUAAAAUUUGUAGUCAAAUCAUUAUUUUUGAGUUGUAUUGAUUAUCACAAAAUCUUAAGUAAUGAGAAUAUUAUCAAUUUCAGGAACACAUUGUCUUGUCCCUCACUGAUCCCAGGUACUUAAUUUUUAUUUGUUCUGAAUACUUAGUGUCAAGAGAAAACCCUAUAUUUUUAAAAUAUAGUUAUGAUAUGAGUGCUUCUACUUUUUUUAUAUGGAAGAUAUUGUUAUAGUAACUUUUUCUCAAAGAUGUUGGUUUUUUGGAAGCUGAAUCUUGACAUUUUGUCAUGAAAUGUUUAAUAUCUAGAAUCAAUGUGAAACAUACUCCACAGUUAUUCAUAACCCUAUACAUUUAUUUUUAAUAUCAGCAUCUUAUUAUUUCCUUAAUAUGUUAAAAAGUGAAAUGCUUAUGUUCUAUCUAUAGUUUUUCUAAUUUCACAGGUAAGUUGAAUUUAAUGGUUUCAGGUUUUCAACAUUUGCAAGUUAUAUUUAAGUAUAUAAAUGAAAUAGAUGUUUGACAGUAUUUUAUUUUUUGCUGUUUUCAAACUCUUGGCUUUGCUCCAAAAUCUUAAAGGAUUCUGUAACAUUCAUUUAUUCAAGCAGUGAUUUAAUGAAUAUUUGUAGAGCACUAUGUUAUACACUGGUAGUACAAAAAUAAAAAGUACUAGCCCUACCCUAAAUUAUUUUAUAGUUUAGUGGAGAAAUAGACAUGUACAUAAAUAUUUACAGGGCAGUAUGACAAGUUCUAAGAUACAUGCCAAGUAUAUUUGAGUGCAGUGCCAAAGGACUAUUUCAUAUGUCCCUUCAGCUGAUGACCUUACUUCCUAUCUUACUGAGAAAAUAUUAAUGGAAGCAAAUAGAAGGGAAUUUCUAUCACAUCUAUCAAUAUACCUCAUUUAUCCCAUGUAUUUUAUUUCCUUUUCCUAAGUAUAGAUAAAUUAUUUGAUUGUUUUUAUCUAGGGCCAAUACACUCAUUUAUAUACUGGAUUUUAUUGCCUCUCACCUACUGAAUUGUCCCUUCUCUCUCUGUAUUGUUUUUUCUCCUCUUUAUAGAUUAUUUUUAUUCAUGUACAAAAACCAUUAUAUAAUAUAUCAACAGCAAACCCUGUCAUCACAUCCCCCUCUAGCCAUUUCUCCAGUUGACAGGAAAAUUCAUUUUAAAAACUCUUUUUCCUCUCUCUCCAUUCUUCUCUUAUUCUCUGUACAGUUAGGCUUCAUCCUCAUCAUUCUACUAAACUGUUCAGGUCAAGAUAAUCAAUGACCUUCCACAUUGGCAAAUCCAAUAAUUAAUGCUCAGUGCUCAUCUUUGUCUAUCAGCAUUAGCAGUGACAUACUUGAUCACUUUCCCUUCUUGAAGCACUUUCUUUACUUUGGUUUUAGAACACUUUUUUAUUGAUUCUUCUUCCUUACUAGUUCUAUUCUCUGUUGCCUUUGCUGGUUCCUCUUUAUCUGCUCAACCUCUGAAUGUUAAAAUGCCCAUUUUCAAACCUCUCCUUUUUUCUGCUGCACCCACUCCCAAGGUAAUCCCAUCAUGAAAAUCAUCUUAAAUACCAUUUUUUAAAGUUGGCUCAUUUAUUCAAUAAAUAUUUGAAUGUCUUCGAUAUGCCAGUCACUGUUCUAUAUGGAGAGGCUACAUUAGUGAAUAAAAACAAACUCUCUGCCUUUGAGGAGUUUAAAUUCUAUCGAGAAAACAGACAAUGAACAUUAGACAAAAUAAAUGAAUUAUCUAGAAAAUGCCAGUGAAUGUUUGAAUAUUAUAUUAGUGGUGUGUAAAUCAUUUAUUAAUAUCUCUUUAGUAAAACGAUUAAAAGACAAUACUAUUAACAUAAUAGCUACAAUGAUAUGUUAAGUAAUAUACAAUUAAAGAUAUAAAUUGUGAUAUUGAAAAACAAAAUGAGAGCAGUAAAAGUAUUUUUUUAUAUGUACUCAAAGU